CUCCUGCGCUCGCCGGCACUACCGCCGCUCCGCGCCGCCCGCCCGGCUCGCCUGCUCCCGCGCCCACUCCACGCGCCGCAGCCAUGUGUCCCCCAGCCGCACGCGCCCUGGCACCGCGACUCCUCGCGCUGGGCGCGCUGCUGUGGCCGGCGGCCGGCGCCUGGACACUCACCAUCCUGCACACCAACGACGUGCACAGCCGGCUGGAGCAGACCAGCGAGGACUCCAGCAAGUGCAUGCACCCCGACCGCUGCGUGGGCGGCGUGGCGCGGCUGUACACCCAGGUGCAGCGGCUGCGCAGCACCGAGCCCCACGUGCUGCUGCUCGACGCCGGCGACCAGUACCAGGGCACCAUCUGGUUCACCGUGUACAAGGGGGCGGAGGUGGCGCACUUCAUGAACGCCCUGGGCUACGACGCCAUGGCCCUGGGAAAUCAUGAAUUUGAUAAUGGUGCCGAAGGUCUGAUUGAUCCACUCCUCAGAAAGGCCACAUUUCCAAUUCUGAGUGCAAACAUCAAAGCGAAGGGGCCGCUAGCAUCUCAAAUAGAAAAUCUUUAUUUGCCAUAUAAAAUCCUUUCUGUUGAUGGUGAAUCGGUGGGAAUUGUUGGAUACACUUCAAGAGAAACUCCUGUUCUCUCAAAGCCAGGGCCAAAUUUAGUAUUUGAAGAGGAAAUCCCUGCAUUGCAAAUGCAAGUAGAUAAGCUAACGACCCUCAAUGUGAACAAAAUUAUUGCACUGGGACACUCUGGUUUUGAAAUGGAUAAACUCAUCGCUCAGAAAGUGAGGGGCGUGGACGUCGUGGUGGGAGGACACACCAACACGUUCCUUUACACAGGCACCCCGCCUUCCAAAGAGGUGCCGGCUGGGAACUACCCAUUCAUUGUCACCUCCGACGACGGACGGAAGGUUCCUGUGGUCCAGGCCUAUGCUUUUGGCAAAUACUUAGGCUAUUUAAAGGUUGAGUUUGAUGCAAAAGGAAAUGUCAUCACGUCCCAUGGAAAUCCCAUUCUUCUCAACAGCAGCAUUCCUGAAGAUCCGACCAUAAAAGCAGACAUUAACAAAUGGCGGGUCAAACUAGACAAUUAUUCCUCCCAGGAGCUGGGGAAAACCAUCGUCUACUUGAACGGCUCCAGUCAGUCAUGCCGCUUUCAGGAGUGCAACAUGGGCAACCUGAUCUGUGAUGCCAUGAUUAACAACAACCUCAGACACUUGGAUGAAAUGUCCUGGAACCACGUGUCCAUGUGCAUUUUAAACGGCGGUGGCAUCCGGUCUCCCAUUGACGAGCGGAACAAUGGCACGAUCACGUGGGAGAACCUGGCGGCCGUCUUACCCUUCGGAGGCACCUUUGACCUGGUCCAAGUAAAGGGCUCCACCCUGAAGAAGGCCUUCGAGCACAGCGUGCACCGCUACGGCCAGUCCACCGGCGAGUUCCUGCAGGUGGGCGGAAUCCACGUGGUGUAUGAUCUUUCCCGAAAACCUGGGGACAGAGUGGUCAAACUCGAUGUUCUCUGCACCCGGUGCCGAGUGCCCCGUUACGAGCCGCUCAGAACGGGUGAGGUGUAUAAGGUGGUCCUCCCGAGCUUCCUUGCCAGCGGUGGAGAUGGAUUCCAGAUGUUAAAAGAAGAGGCACUAGAACAUAACUCAGGUGACCAAGAUAUCGACGUGGUUUCUCAAUACAUCUCAAAAAUGAAAGUCAUUUAUCCAGCAGUUGAAGGUCGGAUCACGUUUUCUGCAGGAAGCCGUUACCAUGGAAACUUUUAUCUAAUAUUCCUCUCAAUUUUAGCAGCUAUCCUUGUUUUAUACCAAUAGCCAAAAAACUCUCCUUGUCAUUAGUGUGUGAAACUGCCUUUUAAGAACUUUCUUUAUAAUGGCACAGACCGUCUUCGCAGGCUCCUAGAAGCUGAGCUUAGAAGAUCAUAAAUAAAGACAUUGACAUCAUCACUCAGGAUCAACAACUUAGUGAACACACAGGAAAAGAAUUUAAAAUGAGCCCUGAGAGAGGAAGACCACCGUCUUCGGUUUGCAUAUGCAUAUUUUAAGCUGUUCAGAAUACUUAAUGGACUCCUCUCUUCAUGGAUAACAAAUUUCUGCUUUAUUUCUGAUCUCUUCUUUUUCCUUUUUAGCUCCUGUUAUAGCAAGUUGCAUGGACUAAUAAGAGCAUCAUUCUUUCUUGUGCCUCGUACAUUCCUUUGAUGAGUCAAGGAACAAAUGAUGCAGCAGAUAAUGGGACCGGCCAAGUCAAGGGGCGGGAAGAAAGGGAAGGGAAGGAAGGGCACCCAGGACCGAUUUCCAUUGCAGAAGAGAGCUAAAGGACAUAGGUUUCUUACAUAGAUAUUUCCUGAGAGUAGCAGCAUAGUGCCUGGCACACGGCAUUAACUGUUUACGAGAUUCCAUCGGUUCUGCUUCUGUGCUCUUUCCUUUCUUCUUAAUUUUAAGGUGUCAUGAGAAGAGAACCUUCUUAGACCAAGUGUCAUUCUAAACCUCCCCAGCAAGUGCCAAUACUGUGCUUAUUCUAGUCACACCACAAACACACACACACACUCCCCCGUCGUGGCACACCUUGAGGGGAGACAAGGGUUGAUUUUUAAAAACGGUGUACAGCAGCAGUUUGAAGUCAGCUCUGCCUCCAACCCGGAACAGUCACUCUGAAGUCAUUCUCAAGUCUACUAGUAGAUAUGAGAGCUCCUACCUGGGCGUGGGCCCCUCUGAGUGGAUGCUCAGGAAAUACCCAGACUGAAGAGAUGAUUUUUGCCCAAAGGUGGUUGUGGGAACAUGUGAACCUGCUCAGUGUUGCAUGAUCCAAUGAGAAAGGGAAAUCUUCACCUUAGAAAACAGUAAGCACCUAAGAAAGAAAGAGCACCUACAAUGACCACAAAAUAAAACUAAACAGAAACUUGUAUGGACCAUAAGGGAGUAUGGGAGGAGUUUCUGGGGUGCUACAGUUUUCCAUGUCUAUCUGGUUGGUGACAGGCUUGUCCAGUGUGUGAAAUCCAUUGAACUGUAUGUUUGUGAUUUAUACACAUUUCCAAAUAUAUUUAUGUGUAUAAAAAAGUUAAAAAUAGUGAGCAAACAGUAGCUAGAGGUUUGGAGAGGGAAUGUUUAUUUCUUAAUGUUUACAAAUAUUAAGUACCCUUGACAUAGAAUAUACUUGUCAUAACAUCUGUAUAAAGGUUGUGGCAGUAAAAUAAUGUCCUCAGUUCUAUGUAUAUACACAUUCACUAUAAAUAAUGUCAGUAAGAUUGUAGGUAGCCCUAACUGGUUUGGCUCAGUGGAGAGAGCGUCAGCCUGUGGACUUAAGGGUCCUAGGUUCGAUUCUGGUCAAGGGCACAUACUUGGGUUGCGGGCUGGAUUCCCAGUAGGAGGCGUGCAGGAGAUAGCCGAUGAAUGAUUCUCAUCAUUGAUGUUUCUAUCCCUCUCUCCUCCUCCUUUCCUCUGUGAAAUCAAUAAAAAUAAAAACAAAAAAGAUUGUAGGGAAAAUUAGAAGUGCAUUUGGGGUAUAUUUUUUAUGCUUGGACUUGUAAAAUAGAAUAAAUUCUACUAGAGCCCAAACUUUAAAGAACAUUUUUAUAACUUUUCUAAAUAUGUGUGCAUGUGUUGUGCAAUGGUUUAAGAAAUGACCUCAAAAAACUUUGUAAUUGCAGAUUCCAAACAAUAAAAUUGAGGAUAGGC